UCCAACACGCAAAACAGAAAUAAGGACGGAAACCAAACCCCUGAUGGCCUGAUCCGAUCGAGCUCGCACACUUGCCACCGGCCCACCGCCACCGCCUCCCACUCCCCAUGGGGCUCCUCAACUCCCUGCCGCCGCAUCGCCGGGGCGCCCUCUCCGGUGGUUGGCAGUGGUCGUUCCUCGACGUCGUCUGGGCGGUCUUCCUACUCGCCGUGGUCGUCUUCCUCGCGCUCGUCUUCACCCCGCACCGCGGUGAUCCCCUCGCCGCCGCCUCCGUCCGCGCCGGAGGCGCGGUGCCGCCGUGCGCCGCCUCGGAGGUGGACCUCCUCCCCUGCGAGGAUCCGCGCCGCAGCUCCCGCCUCAGCCGCGAGAUGAACUACUACCGCGAGCGCCACUGUCCCGCGCGGGGCGAGGCGCCCGCAUGCCUCGUCCCGCCGCCGCGGGGCUACCGCGUCCCUGUGCCCUGGCCCGAGAGCCUCCAUAAGAUCUGGCAUGACAACAUGCCUUAUGGUAAGAUUGCUGAAAGAAAAGGUCACCAAGGGUGGAUGAAGCAUGAAGGUUCAUACUUUAUUUUCCCUGGUGGUGGCACUAUGUUCCCUGAUGGAGCUGAACAAUACAUUGAAAAGCUUACCCAGUACGUUCCACUGAAAACUGGUGUGCUCAGGAUAGGUCUUGAUAUGGGAUGCGGGGUUGCUAGUUUUGGAGGCUUUUUGCUUAAGGAGAAUAUCACGACGCUUUCAUUUGCACCAAGAGAUUCACAUAAGUCUCAAAUACAAUUUGCUUUGGAGAGAGGAAUUCCUGCAUUUCUUUUGAUGUUGGGUACACGCCGUCUUCCAUUUCCAGCACAGGCCUUUGAUUUUGUCCAUUGCUCCCGGUGUUUGAUACCUUUUACUGCCUAUAAUGGAACUUAUUUUAUUGAAGUUGACCGUCUACUUAGACCAGGGGGGUAUCUAAUCAUAUCAGGACCCCCGGUGAGAUGGAAGAAGCAGGAGAAAGAAUGGGGUGAACUUCAAGCAAUGGCACAAGCUUUGUGUUACGAAUUGAUCACUGUAGAUGGUAAUACUGCCAUUUGGAAGAAACCUGCAGUGGCUUCAUUUCUUCCUAAACAAAAUGAAUUUGGCCUUGAUUUUUGUAGCACUGAUGAUGAUCCAGAUGAAGCAUGGUACUUCAAGUUGAAGAAAUGCAUCAGUAAAGUUUCUAUGGUGGAAGAAAUAGCCAUAGGUUCCAUCCACAGGUGGCCAUAUAGGCUGUCUAAACCUUCUGCUAGGGCAUCACUUAUCAACAAUGGAGCAAGCUUAUUUGAAGUAGAUAAUCAGAAGUGGGCUAGAAGAAUAUCAUAUUAUAAGAAAUCACUUGGUGUGAAGCUUGGGACUACACAUGUACGCAAUGUCAUGGACAUGAAUGCAUUCUUUGGAGGAUUUGCAGCCACUAUAGUGUCUGAUCCUGUAUGGGUUAUGAACGUUGUUCCUGCUCAAAAACCAUUGACACUCGGUGUAAUAUAUGAUAGGGGGCUUAUUGGAGUUUAUCAUGACUGGUGUGAACCAUUCUCAACGUACCCUCGAACUUAUGAUCUCAUUCAUGCUGAUGGAAUCAACUCCUUGAUAAGUGACCCGGUUUCUAUGAAUAACAGAUGUGACCUAUUUGAUGUCAUGUUGGAGAUGGACCGCAUGCUGCGCCCAGAAGGAACUGCUGUUAUAAGGGGAUCCCCAGAUGUGAUCGGCAAGGCAUCACAGGUUGCUCAGUCGAUUAGGUGGAAUGUCCAGGUGCACGACAGUGAGCCUGAAUCAGGUAGUUCUGAGAAAAUACUUGUAGCUACGAAAACAUUUUGGAAGCUACCACUAACACCACGAUAGGCUAACUCUAUUCGUUGUUUAAUCUCGUUUCUCUUAACAUCCCCUGAUUUUGUGUUUUUGGGGAUGAACUGGAGGGAAAUAUGUCAUGCUAAUGCUGAUUCCUGAAAAAGUUUCAUCAAGGUAGUCAUUCUUUCUUCAUUAUUAUUUUUGUUCUAUAGUGAAAAAUUAGUUGUAAUUGCUCCAUCCCAUUUGACAGAAGAAUUCUGAUUGAUGUUGUUAUAGUCUCGUAACACUUUU